CUGGGGCGGGCGGCGCUCCCGCCCCGGGCCCGCCCGCCCGGGCGGCUCCAGGAACCGGAUCCGCGGGCUCGCCAGAGCCGCGCCGCCGCCGCCAGCCAUGGACCUGCGAGCCGAGCUGCUCAAGUCCAUCUGGUACGCCUUCACCGCCCUGGACGUGGAGAAGAGCGGCAAGGUGUCCAAAUCCCAGCUCAAAGUGCUGUCUCACAACCUGUACACGGUGCUGUGCAUCCCCCACGACCCCGUGGCACUGGAGGAGCAUUUCCGUGACGAUGAUGAUGGGCCCGUGUCCAGCCAGGGCUACAUGCCCUACCUCAACAAGUACAUCCUGGACAAGGUGGAGGAAGGUGCUUUUGUCAAAGAAAACUUCGAUGAGCUCUGCUGGACGCUGACGGCGAAGAAGAACUACAAACCCGACCGGAACGGGAACAGCGUGGUGUCCCACCAGGAUGCUUUCAAGCUCUGGUGCCUCUUCAACUUUCUGUCUGAAGACAAAUACCCUCUCGUCAUGGUGCCAGAUGAGGUGGAGUACCUGCUGAAGAAGAUCUGCACGGCCAUGAACGUGGAGCUGAACGCCUGCGAGCUGGAUGAUUACCUGUCCCAGGAGCCGCAGGGGCAGGGCGGGCUCACGGUCUGGCAGUUCCUGGACAUGGUGAACUCGGGGCGGCUCCUGAGGGGCAUCGAGCAGGAGGCCAUCAGCAUGGCCGUGGAGGAGGUGUACCAGGAGGUCAUCGAGGACGUGCUCAAGCAGGGCUACCUGUGGAAGAAGGGCCAGCUGAGGAGGAACUGGUCGGAGCGGUGGUUCAUGCUGAAGCCCAGUGUCCUCUCCUACUACAUGAGCGAGGAACGGAAGGAGAAGAAGGGGAGCAUCCCGUUGGACAAGCACUGCUGCGUGGAGGUGUUGCCAGACAGGGAUGGGAAGAGGUGCAUGUUCUGUGUGAAGACCGCGUCCCGCACCUACGAGAUGAGCGCCUCGGACACCCGGCAGCGCCAGGAGUGGACGCUCGCCAUCCAGACUGCCAUCCGGCUGCAGGCCGAGGGAAAGAAGUCCCUGCACAAGGACCUGAAGCAGAAGCGCCGGGAGCAGCGGGAGCAGCGGGAGCAGCGCAAGGCGGCCAAGGAGGAGGAGACACAACGGCUCAAGCAGCUGCAGGAGGAAAAGGAGAGGAAGCUGCAGGAGCUGGAGCUGCUCAAGGAGGCCCAGAGGCAGGCAGAGAUCCUGCUGCAGGAGGAGGAGCAGCGGCGGAGGCAGCAGCACGAGGAGAUGCAGAGGACCCUGGAGAUCCAGCUGCGGGAGGCCGAGCAGGCUCGCGCCUCCAUGCAGGCAGAGAUGGUGCUGAAGGAGGCAGAGGCAGAGCGGCAGCGCAAGCGCAUCCUGGAGCUGGAGGACAUGCAGGAGAGGCUGCAGGAGGCCCUGCAGCAGGAGGUGAAAGCGCGGCAGGACGAGGAGGCUGUGAGAUAUGCUCAGGCCAGGCUACUGGCUGAGGAAGAGGAGAAGCUGAAACAGCUGAUGAAGCUGAAGGAGGAGCAAGAGGAAUAUAUCAUCAGAACUCAGAGGGAGAAGCAAGUCCUCAAGCAGGAGAUGGAGAACAAGAACAAGUGUCUGGAAGAGGCGCAGAAGCAGCUGGAAGAAGUGAGAGUGAACAGGCAGCGGGUGGACCAAGAUGUCAUGGCUGCCCAGAGGAAGCUGCGACAGGCCAGCACCAACGUCAAGCACUGGAACGUCCAGAUGAACCGGCUGAUGCACCCCAUCGGGCCUGGAGACAAGCGAACAAACGUGAGUGGAGGAGUCUUCGCUGGCUACCAGCCCCUUCUGUCACGGAGAGAUUCUUCCCUCAAACUCAAGCAGAGGGCGGAGGAAAAAGGCAGCGACCCCACGAGGGAAAACAGCAAGGAAAACGUGAGCAACGGUGGGAACAGCAGCAUGUCACCGUCUCCAGAUGCGGACACCAUGGCCACAGAGCCCACCAAUUAGCCCAGCAGGAUGGCAGAGCCCAGCUGGGAAUGGCAGGGCUCAGCUUGUCCCUCCAAGUGGACGGUCAGUGUGGAUGAGGACCAGCACAGAGCCUCCAGGGGACUGCAUAAGGCAGAAGUGACAUUUCCAUCUGU